AUGUUUUACACAUGUGGACCCAAUGAAGCCAUGGUCGUCUCAGGCUUUGGCCGCUCUCCUCCUUUAAUGAUUGCAGGAGGACGAGUUUUCGUCGUUCCAUGUAUUCAGCAGAUCCAGAGGAUCACUCUGAAUACGCUGACUCUAAAUGUGAAGAGUGACAAAGUGUACACCAGACAUGGUGUCCCCAUUUCUGUUACGGGCAUUGCUCAGGUGAAAAUCCAAGGCCAGAACAAAGAGAUGCUAGCCACGGCCUGCCAAAUGUUCAUGGGCAAAUCGGAGCCUGAAAUUGCCCAGAUUGCCUUGGAGACGCUGGAGGGCCACCAGAGGGCUAUCAUUGCUCACCUAACUGUGGAGGAGAUCUACCAGGACCGCAAGAAGUUCUCUGAGCAGGUUUUCAAGGUGGCCUCUUCCGACCUGGUCAACAUGGGGAUCGGGGUGGUCAGUUACACUCUCAAGGAUGUCCAUGAUGAUCAGGAUUACCUCCACUCUCUGGGCAAGGCCAGGACAGCCCAAGUGCAGAAGGACGCCAGGAUCGGAGAGGCGCAGUACAAGCGGGACGCUGUCAUCAGGGAGGCCCAGGCUAUGCAGGAGAAGGUGUCUGCUCAGUACAAGAACGAGAUCGAGAUGGCCAAAUCCCAGCGGGACUACGAGCUGAAGAAGUCAGCCUACGACGUGGAGGUCAAUACCAAGAAGGCGGAGUCAGAAAUGGCCUAUCAACUUCAGGUGGCCAAAACCAAGCAGCGCAUUGAGGAGGAAAAGAUGCAAGUGCAAGUGGUGGAGCGCAGUCAGCAGAUCAUGCUGCAGGAGCAGGAGAUUGUCCGCAAGGAGAAGGAGCUGGAGGCCAAGGUCAAGAAGCCCGCUGAGGCUGAGAAAUAUCGUCUGGAGAGACUGGCAGAGGCGCAGCGCCUUCAGCUCAUCAUGGAGGCCGAGGCUGAAGCAGAGUCCAUCAAAAUGAAGGGCGAGGCUGAGGCGUUUGCGCUGGAAGCCAAAGGUCGCGCCGAGGCCGAGCAGAUGUCCAAGAAAGCUGAAGCCUUCAAGCAGUACGGAGAAGGCGCCAUGGUGGACAUGCUGCUGGAGAAGCUGCCUAUGAUGGCCGAGGAGAUCAGCAAGCCGCUGUCGUCGGCCCAGAAGAUCACCAUGGUUUCCAGCGGCGGCGCGGACGUCGGCGCCGCCAAGCUGGCCGGUGAGGUUCUGGAGAUCAUGACCCGCGUGCCAUCAGCGGUGGAGAAGCUCACCGGGGUGGACAUCUCCCAGGUACCCACACACAGCAUAUGCCAUCAUACGCACAGUUUCUAA